AUGGCUCCUGGUGCAAUCCACCAAGGAUACAGCGUCGGCGGUCCGGCCGAUUCGACGACGGUCGUCGUGGUCGGCGCAGGGCCAUCGGGGUUGAUGCUAGCAUGUAAUCUCGCCCGCUUCGGCAUCCGCAUUGUUAUUCUCGACGACCGCCCGGACAAGACUGCGACGGGGAAGGCGGAUGGCAUGCAGCCGAAGACAAUUGAGACAUUCAGACAGAUGCGGCUCGCUGAGCCACUGCUGAAGAAUGCAGCGCGCAUCUAUGACAUUGCAUUCUGGCAAUCCACGGCCGACAGCCCACUCCAGCGAACCGGCCGCCAGACACACUACCCCGAGCAUCUUGUCGGCGCAUCCGAUCCGUACAUUCUUCUCGCACAUCAGGGCAUGGUCGAAGAGGUGUUGAUUGACGAUAUGGAAUCCAGGGGUCUGUUCGUGACACGAAACAGCCGAUUCGCUGCGUGUGCUCGUGUGCCCGGGACGGGACAGCUGGAUAUCACCUACGAAGACCUCUUAACAAAGACCUCCAAGACCAUCCGGGCAGACUAUUUGGUCGGGUGUGAUGGCGCUCGGUCUCAAGUUAGAACCUUCAUCCCGAAUGCGUACCUUGAGGGAGAAAUGACGAACGCGUCGUGGGGUGUGCUGGAUGGCGUCAUCGACACCGAUUUCCCCGAUCUAUGGAGCAAAGUUGCAGUCCGCUCCCACGUCGCUGGUUCCAUCCUUUGGAUCCCAAGAGAACAAAACAUGACUCGGCUAUAUGUUCAACUGAGUGAGACGGAUGGUGAGAGAGUGGACAAAGCCAAGGCCACGCCGGAGUAUGUCAUGCAGCGGGCUCGAGAUGCGAUGCACCCAUUUCACCUCGAGUGGAAGACAAUUGAAUGGUUUGGCAACUAUGUCGUGGGUCAGCGCGUGGCGAAACAUUUCAUGGAUCCCGAUGCACGGAUAUUCAUUGCAGGUGAUGCUGGCCAUUGCCACUCGGCUCUCGCCGCCCAAGGUGCCAAUACAAGCAUGCAUGAUAGUUUCAAUCUGGCAUGGAAGCUCAAUCUUGUCAUCCGAGGACUGGCGAAACCGUCGUUAUUAUCCACCUACGAAGAGGAGCGUCAAAAGAUUGCCUAUGAUCUAAUCAACUUCGACGCAGAGCAUUGUAAGGCCUUCUCACAAGGUGAUGAAGCUCUUGCCAAGAACUUUGACGACAAUAUUCGGUUUAUCUCAGGCGUGGGAGCGGAGUAUUCCUUGGGUUUGCUGAGCCGAGAGAAAGAUAACUUGUCGAUCAACUUGAGAGCUGGCUCGUUGCAGCUUCCGGCCAAAGUAACUCGGUUCAUAGACGCCAAUCCAGUCGAUAUUCAGCUCGACAUCCCCAUGCUGAGCCAAUUCCGCCUCUUCUUUUUCGUCCCCGAUGUCCCGAUGGCCACUGCAUUCCUGAAAACAAUCUGUGAAGGCAUUACCAGUCCUACCAAGCCACUAGGAAAGGCGUCUUUACGUGCCAAACAAUCAUACGUGGAACAGCCGCGGGGAACAGCGACAUCGGAUGGAUUUCUACAGCCUCAAAGAUACACAUCUGCAUCCAACAUUAUCACAUAUGCGAUGGUGACCCAGUCGCCAAAGGCCGACUUUGAAAUUACGGACUUGCCAAAGGUGCUACAAGACAGUCGCUGGACAUUGUAUCUGGAUGAUAUUGACAUGCCUCGUUGCACUGACAAGUGGUUUGGUUCUCUGGACAAGGAAGAGGUUGGAAUUGCAAUCGUGCGUCCAGACGGCUAUGUUGGACAGAUUGAUACGUGGAAUUUGGCGGUACCAAGCGAGGCAGAAAGCUGGAUAAGAGAUUACUUUACAUUCAUGGCGUAA